AUGACCCUGGAGCGCUACGUGGCCAUCUGCAUGCCCCUGCAACAUGCAGAGCUGUGCAACACAUGUCGAACUAUACAUUGCAUCCUCAUCAUUCACAUCCUCAGCUCUGUGCCCUGCGUUGUUAUUCUGUCCACCUUUUUUGCAUUAGCACCCCUUAGCUUCUACAGUCAGUACAGGGUAUGUUUAGGGGAGACUGUCAUUUUUCACAGCUGGCAGAAUCAUCUUAGGUCAGCUAUAAGUCAAUUUUACUUCUUGAUCAUGUGCAUCAUCAUUGCUUUCUCCUAUGUUAAAAUAAUGAAAGUGGCCAGAGCUGCAUCAGGAGAGAAUAAAAACUCAACAUGGAAAGGACUCAGGACAGUGGCUCUUCAUGCAGUCCAGCUGCUGCUCUGUCUCAUCCAGCUGUGGUGCCCUUUCAUAGAAGCUGCUCUGCUUCAGAGUGAUUUCAUGUUAUACCUUAAUGUGAGGCUCUUUAACUAUGUAGCAUUUUAUCUUGCUCCAAGGUGCCUGAGUCCUCUCAUUUAUGGCCUCAGAGAUGAAAAGUUUUUUCUGGCCUUGAAACAUAACAGCUCUUUUUGA